UUUACUGUAUUUUUCUGGGUUUUUCAUAAUUUUGUUGUUAUCAGUAAUUAGGGUUUUAAGGGUGAAAACCCACAUUUCUUGGUUAAUUGGCUUGGGGGAGGAGUCAUGGGGGAUAAAAGAGGGCCACUCUCCCUCCCUCAGUCAGUUCCAACCUGGACCUGGAAGAGGAAGCACUCUUCAAACUUUCUUUAUUUGGGAACACUAAUUAAACACUCAAAAAACAUCCUUCUGACUACGCCAUCGUUAUUACAAUAAGAUAGAACCCCGUCACAUGUGGUGUCAGAAGUGGGAUGGCUGGUCGAAGAAAGAGAAAGGGGCUCCGUUCCCAGAGAAAGUUUGAAGAGGAGGCUGAUGGCAGUGCAGAAGAGACACUCCAUGAAGAGGGCGCUGCUGUGCAACCUAUGGGUGAACUCUUGGGCUUGAUGAGGGACUUUAUGGCGGGCCAGCAGAAGAGAGAGGAGGGACUGCUAGAGGAGAUACGCAACCUCCAUGUAACGCUGCGCUCACCUUCUCCUGCCAGAUCUGGGAGUCAAGGCCCCAGUGAGGACAGUCCCAGCCCACGGUUUGCACUGCCAACCCCUGCACCUUCCAGGCGACCGCAGGGGGAGUCAACAACACUACACCGGCCAGAGGAGAACGCUAGCAGUCUGGAGUUAGCGCCACCUCUGGAGUGGAGACCAUACAGUGUGGAGCCGAAGAUACCUCCAUACCAGAGUGGAGAGGAUAUAGAGAACUAUCUGCUCCGUUUUGAGAGAAUUGCAAAGACUUGGAAAUGGCCAGAGACUGAGUGGGCAUGCCGCCUUGUGCCACUCUUGUCGGGGAAAGCGUUGGAAGCGUACACGGCCAUGGAUGAGGAUGAGGCUCACUGCUAUAGGGAUUUAAAAUCAGCCCUGUUAGAGAAAUUUGACAUUUCCCCUGAAACAUACAGGCAACGGUUCCGCUGUCCCACAGUUCCAUCAGGAGAGACCCCUACCGAGACAUACCAUCGCCUCAAAAGCCUGUACCGGAGGUGGGUUCGUCCUGAGCAGCUCACCAAGGAGCAAAUCGGAGAGAUGAUCAUCCUGGAGCAGCUUCUCCGAGUCCUGCCAGCCGACGUCCGCACCUGGGUCCGAGAGCAUGAACCUGAGGAUGGCCUGACCGCAGCGAAGUUGGCUUUGCAGCACCAGAACGCCCGUCGAGGGGGACCUCCGCGUUUCACCAGCUCAACACCAAGGUCGUCGCAACAUCCACCACCACCACAGCAGAUCGGAGGGACCAGCCACGACUCUCGAGGUACUCCCAGCUCUUCCACCAGCCAGCCAGCGACCGGUAAGCCAUUCGUUUGCUAUUACUGUCGACAGCAGGGUCACAAAGCGUCUGUGUGCCCAGUUCGCAAAGACAAACUCACUGGGGCCUGCUAUGCACCCCGUGAGGAGGGUGAACUGGUUGGCGCCCAUGGCUUGAAGGAGCGUACCUUAAAAACUGUGACUUUAAAUGGCCAGCGGGUGACUGCACUAUUGGAUAGUGGUAGUUUUACAUCCCUGGUGAAGGAAAGCUAUGUACCUGUGAACUCUGUGGACUAUGGCCUGAAAACUGACAUUGUGUGUGUCCAUGGUGAUAGCCAUGCAUACCCCAAAGCCGAAGUGACUGUGGUAAUUGAUGAACAACCAUACCUAAUGACUGUUGCUGUGGUAGAGAACUUACCUGUAGACCUUGUCCUUGGAACUGACUUACCUGUACUGUUAGACCUCUUGCAGGGAUCAGAAUGUGAUCUCACAGGUCACAGGCCAAAACUGGUGUUGAACCCCUGCCUGACCUAG